UUGAAUCUGAUUGUAGAUUUUCAGCAUGCAAAAAAUGACGUCAUUAUCGCAUUCGUUUACAAACAGAGCGGAGUUUUCCGAAAGUGACGGAGUUCGGGUAGUGACGGAGUUGGGGGGUUGGUGAUAUAUUAGUCACACAAAUAACAUCGGGUUCAAUAUUGAACAAAUAUUGUACAUAGCAGACGAGUUUCAAAAGAGGAUGAAUAGACCACGUAAAGACAAUGAACAACUACCAUUUGGAAAGACCUCGAGGACAGCAAUCAGAGAAGAGAGAUUGCCAGUCAAUGGAGAUGCAAAUCAUACUGAAGUUCAUGUGAACAACAGAUCACGCUGCAUUCAAGAAGAAUUAUGCUCCCAGAAAGAUUUCAACCAGAAGAAAAAUGUAACAAAACCUAGAAGUCUUCAAUCUGCAGGGAAAGUGAAGAAAGGUGAUGCAUUUUCACUUAUAGAGGAAGGCUGUCAUCAACAUCCACAUCCUUAUAAAUUAAAUCACUCGAGAAAGCAAAAAAGUUCAAAAAGAGUGGAAAGAAAAGACUUCCAAAACUUCAACAACCAUUUAAAUGAAGUGCAGACAAAAUAUGCUAGAACAGUAUGUAUUCCUGAUAGUGAUGUUGCUGGGUUCCAUAAGCAUUCUGGGUCUCAAAAGAAGGUGAAUUUAUCAAACUAUGGAAAAAUGGUUCACAAAUCAACAUUAAAGAAGACCCUAACAUCACCUCCCAGGGAACUUGACAGAAUGCUGAAAUUCAAAUUGUUUGAACAAAAUGACAUUUCUAUGAAAUCAUCCGAAACAGAACAUUUAAAUCAGAACACUUCCUCAGACACCAGCUGUCGAUCAGAACCAGUUUUAGUGGAAUCUUGGGACAUUGUGGAGGAGACGGUCCACAGACGAUGGAAAUCCCAAUCCUGGUGGUCCCUCCCUCAAGAUGGUCAUCUGCCUGAACAGUGAUCACCAACACAAAACACACUGUAGGGCAGCCAAACACCCCACAACUUGUUCUAAUUUCACUCACCAACAAAAGAUUAAGAAAAUAAAUUUUAUUUUUUAGGUAUU